GAGAGAGGCUCCGAAGCCUGAGAAAGAGAAAGAGAGAGAGAGAGAGAGGUUGAAGAAGAAAAGAGAUAUAUUUGCAAGAAUCGUUUCUUUUGGAUUCUCAUGGAAAAUCUCACUCAUUCUCGGAAUCCAAACCGGUCUUCUUCUUUACCUAAGAAACCUUACAAUGGCAAUAACAACACCGGUGGAGGUUUUAGCUACAACUCCGGCAAAACAACCACCACCACCACCACUACAUACGACGACGUUUUCGGUGGUCCUCCUAGGUUCGGAGCUCCCACGUUAUCUCCUCGUCUCGAAGACUACUGCGAGAUUUUCUCCGGAUUCAAUGGCUCCUCACGCGCCGCCGUUUCCUCCAUUCCGGUUCUCGAUCUUCCACUUGUUGAUAAUAAAGGUGUCUACUUCGAUGUUCGGACUCAAGGCUUUGACUACCGUGAAGUCUUUGGAGGUCUCAACGAUUUCGAUUUAGCUCCGUCGUACGAAGAGCUCUUUUUGCAGCAGAGGUCUACGGUGGUUGCUGAUGGUGAUUCCUCCGACGACGCUUGGACUCCCGAAGAAGUAGAGUCCUGUUCAGGAGGUACAGAGCAUUCUGGCAAAAGUCCUUGUUUUUCUAAUGGUAGAGAUUCUUAUGAUUCCAUUGAUGGAAGCACCGAGUUCAAGGUUUCUUAUAACAAAGCUACUCAGAUAAGCGGCGGCGGCGGCGGCGAUACAAGUAUGUCAAGUGGUGUGAUACGUGUUGCUGAUCUUGGUGCGAUUCCUGGUUACACUCCUGCAGUGGAUGAAAUGAUUUGUGCUGGUGGAACAACAAAGCUCAAGAAGGAGACUGGGCCCUCUUCUGUUGGCAGCAGAGGUACAAGUAGAUUCGCCUCUCAAGACAAGUAUUACAGUAGUGAACCUUUUGUUACUAUUUCUGAAAUUGGUUUGAAGACUCAUCCUACUGGGAUACCACCUCCUUCGAGGCCACCUCCUGUAUUAAAGAGCGGUUUUAGAAGUUCGGCGUCUAGUUCUAGAACCACCGGAUCAGAAGGAUCUGCUGCUAGUAGUUCUCCAACUUUUUUUGAUGUAGAGGUUGAUGCAAGUUCGGCUGCUGAGAGAGAAGCUAUGGUAAAAGCUGAGGCCAAACUCAGAAGUUCUAAAGAGCUGUUUGAAAGGAAGAGGGAUGGGGCACGGACCACCACGAAGAAUAGAAUGACUGAGGAAGGGAAAUCAAGCCAAACAGCUGGUUUGCCUGUAGCUAAAAAGUCUUUGAGGGAUAAGCAUGGAAGUAAAUCACUCUCUUCUCAAGGGUCUGCAGACUCUGAUGGAAAUGAUGAAUGGGAAGAGGCUAAUCAAUUUGUUGAAUUGGUGAGAACAGAGCUACCAAGAAAUGCUGAUGAGAACAGUGGUGGAAAAGGUGUUUCUGUUCCCCUUAAUGAAGAGUUUUUCGAUCAGGACCUGACAUGGGCAGCUAAUGUUGACUGGGACAAACAGCGGAGGAGAGCAGAAGGAGGUAGGGAGGAUCAUGAAGCGAGGAAAUUGCCAAAACACCCUGGAACGAGAAAGGUAGCAUCUAGGCAUAAGAGACAUGAGAACAAGCUUGCUGAAAAGGCUCUUGAAGAGCCAAAGAAUGAGAAAUCGAGACAUGAGGAGCUGCAAUUUGAGAUGGGCAACAAUUCGCCUGACCAUGGUGGGAUAGUGCAACACAGAAAUCUGCUCAGACCAGAAGAAGACAAGGCCUUUACUGAAAAUUCUGCAAAACAUAAAAAGGAAUUGCACUGUGACGAGAAAACAAAACGCAUACAAAGUCAACACUUGGAUAGAAAACCACACAAGAAAGGAGCUGAUAAGAAACAGGAAUGUGUGUUUGAGUGGGAACAAAAUGCGAGAAAGCUCAGAGAGGCUCUUGGUAAUGGAAGCACUCUAGAGGUUCCCUUGGAAUCAAACGAAAAUGGUAAAAAAUUGGGAAUGCGUGGCGAAAGUGAGGCAAAACUGAAUGAGGCCUUGAAGCGGAUGGAGGAAACUAGGAUCAAAGAGUCUCGUGUAAGGGAAGAAAAUGACAGAAGAGAAAGAGAAGCUUUUGAGAAAGCUGAAAAUGAGAAAAGGCUUAAGGCAGCAUUUGAGCAAGAAGAGAAGGAAAAAAAGAUUAAGGAAGCUCGUGAAAAAAAAGAGAAUGAACGGAGAGCGGCAGAGGCUCGUGAAAAGGCAGAACAAGAAAGGAAAAUGAAAGAACAACAAGAGUUAGAAAUGCGGAAAAAAGAAGCUUUGGAAAGGGAAGAAAAUAACCGAAGAAUGAGAGAAGCCCGUGAGAAGGCAGAGAAUGAAAGGAAAAUGAAAGUUGCACUUGAACAAGAGAAGGAACGAAGGUUAAAAGAAGCACAUGAAAAGAAAGAAAAUGAACGAAGAAUAAAAGAGGCUCUUGAGAAGGCAGAGCUAAAGCAAAGGCUGAAAGAAGUUGAACAAGAAGAGAAGGAAAGGCGGAUUAAAGAGUUUCAAGAGAGAGAAGAAAAUGAGAGGAUAGCUAAAGAGGCUCUCGAGCUGACAGAGAAGGAGAGGAAGUUGAAAGAAGCCCUUGAGCAAAAGGAGAAAGAAAGGAAGGUGAAAGAGGCACGUGAAAAAGAGGCGAAUGAGAAGAGGUUGAAAGAAGCCAUGGAGCUAGAAGAGAAAGAAAAAAGGCUGCUAGAAGCUUUUGAGAGGGCAGAGAUUGAAAGAAGACUGAAAGAGGAUCUUGAACAGGAAGAGAUGAGGAUAAGGCUGGAAGAAUCCAAGCAAAGAGAAAAUCAAGAGCAUCUAGACAAUGAAAUAAAACAACAUGAUUAUUCAGUAACAGAAAGUGACGUGAAAGAAACAGAGGCUUGUGAAAUGGAAAAAACCUGUGAAACCACCACAGAGGCUCAUGGAGAGCAAUCAUCGAGUAAAAGUCUUAGUGAUACAAAAGAGGAUGAGAGUAUAGACGACCACGAAUCACCAACCAACCAAGGGGAAGUAGAAGAAGGACCAAGCCAUAGAGAAUCUAUUGCCGAAGAAACCUGUCCAUGGAAGGUUUUUGAGAAGAACCUUAAAGACGCCAGCCAAAAGGAAGGAGCCAAUGAGCUAGAUGUUGCAUCCAGGUUGUUUGAGAGGAAUGAAGAGGGACCACAGUUGAGUGAAAAUGGAGAAUCUGGUGAGGAAUCCAGUUCUGGGAAUAUUAAAGGAGGAAAGCACGAACAGAAGAGUAAAAAUUCUGAAACCUCUAAAGAUGCAUCAGUUCUCAAACAAGACAAUGGGUUGAAAACUGAAGUUGAAGAAAGAUCAAAAGACGUUGUAGGUGAAGACGAAAAUGUGAGAAAAGCAGCAUGUGUUGGUAGUGAUCAAAGGAACCAAGAGGAAAGUAAGUGCGCUACCAAAACAUCCUCUGGUUUCAGAAGCCAUGAAGAUAAGUUCACCCAUCAACAGGAGAGAGGAAGUAUCUAUGAGGCACAAGCAGGUUUUCGAGUAUCUGUGCAACUUGAGAAAGAAGUAGAGAGACUAAAGCGAGAAAGAGGCAUCGAGAUGGAGCGCUUAAGAAAGAUAGAAGAAGACAGUGAGAGGGAAAGAGAGAGGGAGAAGGAUCGAAUGGCUUUUGACCAGAGAGCCUUGGCUGAUGCACGUGAAAGAUUGGAGAAAGCAUGCGCUGAGGCUAGAGAGAAGUCUUUGCCUGAUAAAUUAUCAAUCGAGGCAAGACUUAGAGCAGAGCGAGCUGCAGUGGAGAGAGCAACCACUGAAGCUCGUGAACGUGCAGCUGAAAAGGCUGCUUUUGAGGCAAGGGAGCGGAUGGAAAGAUCUGUUUCCGAUAAGCAAUUCCAGAGUUCAGGUUUCUUUGAUGAACGAAUGGAGAGAUCAGUUUCCGAUAAGCAAUUUCAAAAUUCAGUCUCAUUUGGUGCUUCAAGAUAUCAAGAUUCUCCUGGUACAGAUGGUGAAUCGCCUCAGAGGUAUACAUCGAGAUUAGAAAGGCAUCGAAGAACAGCUGAUCGUGUGGCUAAAGCUUUAGCAGAGAAGAACAUGCGUGAUCUCGUGGCUCAGAGAGAACAAGCAGAAAGAAUUAGAAUCGCUGAAACCUUGGAUGCAGAAGUAAAGAGAUGGUCAAAUGGGAAAGAAGGAAACAUAAGAGCAUUACUGUCAACAUUACAAUACAUCCUUGGUCCCGAGAGCGGAUGGCAACCUUUACCGUUAACAGAAGUCAUAACAUCAGCAGCCGUGAAGCGAGCAUAUAGGAAAGCAACACUUUGUGUUCAUCCAGACAAACUACAGCAACGAGGUGCAAACAUUCAUCAGAAAUAUAUAUCUGAAAAGGUCUUCGAUCUUCUUAAGGAAGCUUGGAACAGAUUCAACUCAGAAGAAAGGUAGAAGCCUUAUGUUAUUGACAUUUGACCUUGGGUUUUUGAUUUUUUCUUCAUUCUUUUGUUGUAAAGUCUAUUAAGAGAUAAGUCAUGUGCUUCUUGAGUAGGUAAAGAGUAAAUAUCCUCUAUUUUUAAUUAGAUUGUCACUAAGGAUUGUUGCCAAUUUGCCUAGAUGAUCAUUGUAAUCAGUUUCUACAAAUUUCUGUAGAUUUUAAUAUAGUAAAUUUUCUUAUCAAUAUACAAAUUUCUAUUA